GGGAGAUGAUGAAAGCCUCAAACCCACCACAUGACCUGAACCGGCUCAAAAAAAUACCUCGUUUCAUUGUCUUCAAGAUUGAUACUAUGCUUCAUUCUCUCUCUGUUGAACACUCCAAUAACCCCCGUCAAAACCCUAAUCUUCAUUGAUGAUUAACGAUCCACACUUCACUGGAAAAUAUCCACCCUUUUGUCGUCAAUCAACACACCAAUGAAUCCUUAACAGAGUAGAAGAAGAUUGAAGAUGACCCAACAACCAUCGGUGAUCCUAGCAACUGCUAGCUACGAUCGCUCGAUUCGAUUCUGGGAGGCCAAAAGCGGCCGGUGCUAUCGAACUAUCCAAUACCCAGAAACUCAAGUUAAUCGGCUUGAAAUCACACCUGAUAAAAGGUUCCUGGCUGCAGCUGGAAAUCCCCAUAUCCGAUUGUUCGAUGUUGAAUCAAACAACCCUCAGCCGGUGAUGAACUAUGAGUCACAUACUAAUAAUGUUAUGGCAGUGGGUUUCCAAUGUGAUGGGAAAUGGAUGUAUUCUGGUUCUGAAGAUGGGACAGUAAAGAUUUGGGACUUGAGGGCACCCGGUUGUCAGAGGGAAUAUGAAAGCCGUGCAGCUGUCAACACUGUUGUUUUGCACCCAAAUCAGACCGAGCUUAUAUCAGGGGACCAAAAUGGCAACAUUCGUGUGUGGGAUUUGACAGCAAAUUCAUGUAGCUGUGAGUUAGUGCCGGAGGUGGAUACAGCUGUGAGGUCUUUAACAGUAAUGUGGGAUGGAAGCUUGGUGGUUGCUGCAAACAAUCGCGGAACAUGUUAUGUUUGGCGAUUGUUGCAAGGAACACAGACUAUGACCAAUUUUGAGCCGCUACAUAAGUUACAAGCACAUGAUGGGUACAUCCUCAAAUGCCUCCUCUCACCUGAGUUGUGUGAGCCCAACCGGUAUUUGGCAACUGCAUCUUCAGACAAUACAGUUAAGAUAUGGAACGUAGGUGGUUUUACCUUGGAAAAAGUUCUAGUAGGACAUCAACGCUGGGUGUGGGACUGUGUUUUUUCCGUGGACGGUGCUUUUCUCAUCACAGCUUCUUCUGAUACAACGGCAAGACUGUGGUCAAUGGCAACCGGUGAGAACCUUAAAGUGUAUCAAGGGCAUCACAAGGCUACCACUUGUUGUGCUCUCCACGAUGGAGCUGAGCCUUCUUGCUGAUUAAGGAAUCUCAGUUUCAACACCUUGGUUAGUUUGUAAAUUGUGUAGAACAACAGGCGUAAGUGUAAUAUUUUUCUUUUUUGUACCUAAUUAUUUUCGUUACGAGGAUUGGAGUCAUCAGCGGUAGUCAAACUCAAUAUUUCAAUGACCAGUCAUCCCGAAUUAAGCCCCCUUUACCGCUAGGGUACCCCGUUCACAUGCAUCCUUUUAUGCAGACGACAUAUUCACAAUGAUUGUCGUAGUUGGUUUUUUCUUUUUCCCCAAUAGAACCCUUUCUUGUUUAUUUA